AUGCCUUUUAACGAUUCAACUGUGGAUUGCAAUAGCUGUGGAGGUGCUUGUGGGUAUCUAACACCCGACCCCGACGUGGCAGGCCUUGGGGUCGUCAUCGCAUUUUUAACCACCAGCUCCAUUACUUGGGUCUGUGCGGUAAUCCGAAUUUUGGAUUGGUUUCUUAAUUAUACCUCGUCCCCAAACAAGGUGGACGCGCUCUUGCAACAGUAUCACUACCGAAAGGCUUCUUCAUGUCCACCUUCGAGGAUAAGCCCUUUGCUAACUCACGAGUUAUAUCCAUUCUCUCCCAUUGUUCGCCCUAAAAAAUCGCUGGCGGCUCGCGUAGCUCGCCUCUCUAGCAUCGUAUGCCCUGUUCUUCUCUCCUUGCACGACACUCAGCUUGCUUCAGGCCUCGCUAUAUCAGUUACCGCCCUCAUCCGCAGUAGGCGCCCUGUCUUUUCUGUGUACCAUUUCUCCAUUGCGGCGGAUCUCACUUGGAUUGCGUCUGGAACGCAGAUGGUUUCCUUCAUAUUUAUUCGCUCGGACAUCAAGGAUGACCAGGCAUUGCUCGCUCGUGGAAUAAACACCCAUCGCAUUGUACAGAUCCUGCGUGCGGCUUGCAUGUUUACGCAAAUGGUUGUACUUUUGUGGCUUUCUUACAUACAAGGUGAACGACGCUGGGCAGAAAGCUAUGCGUGCCCAGUAUUGUGCCUGCAAGAAAACCCCACUUUGGGCGGCGUGCCGCUCAAUUGGAUGAUCGCCAACUAUGUCCUCGUACUUUGGAGCUACCCAGUUAUGCUUCUCCCACUGUGUACUCCAUUGUGGAGUAGAUGGAAAGACUUUAAAGUUAUAUUGGACAAGGCUAUCGACUUUCCCAAUGCGACGCAUUCCAAAGUGCGCAAGACUGUGAUUAUGCUUUGGGCGUUUUUGGGAUCCAUGACUCUUGAAAUUCUCGUCCAACUAGGGUGGUUUGGGUACGGUGUUUGGAAUUUGGUCGCGGAUCGACAAUGGGGAGACGCGUAUUUUCGUGGGGACUCAAUUGUUGGCAAUGGAUGUGACCCUAUCUACAACACAGAAGACGACUGGGGGUUUGGGCAGAUUUUCCCAGUAAUGAUUCUGAUAGUCCUCCUGAUGACGCUCUUCCAAGCGCACGGGGACGCCAAAGUAGCCGAAAUAAUGCAAAAAGAUGCAAGUUCUUCUGCAAAGGAACGACGGUCCGAUACACUUCUCCUGUUGGAAGCCGGAGCAUGGGCUUCGACUAUCGAUCUUCGACCUCUAGUCCAGGUUCCUGCGCCUUCUCCAGCACUUCACGGUCUUCGGUCCCGCUGA